CAUCUCAUUUCUUUACGCUGAAAUGCGCUUCCGUCGAGCUUUUAUUUUGAAGGACGCAGACUGGAAAUCCAACUCGGUCUAUAUAAGUGGUCUUGACGGGUCUGAACUAAUCCAAGUGUCAGCUUUGAGACAAGCACAUCGGCAGGUCGCGACGUCCCGGUCCAGUCUGUGGAGGGUGUGCUGCGAACCGAACCCAGACCUCAUCCAGAACCAACUCGCUGCUUUUAGUUCUGUUGGUUCACCGCGAGACGACAAGUAUCAUUUUGGGACGCGGAGGGCAGAAACCAAGCCAGGCGCUCGCAGUGACAGUUACAGAAGUGACGGAGAGGUUCAGGUUCACCUCAGCAUGACGUCAGCCACCUGCACCAGGUUCACCGACGAGUACCAGCUGUACGAGGAGCUGGGCAAGGGAGCCUUCUCUGUGGUGAGGAGGUGCAUGAAGAUCUCCACAGGCCAGGAGUACGCUGCUAAAAUAAUCAACACCAAGAAGCUCUCUGCYCGAGAUCAUCAGAAGCUGGAYCGGGAGGCCAGGAUCUGCCGCCUGCUUAAACAUCCCAACAUCGUUCGACUUCAUGACAGCAUAUCAGAGGAGGGAUUCCAUUAUCUUGUCUUUGACCU